CUUUUCCGGGAUUGCUAGCUGGGAACUGGCUGGGUAUCAGUCAGUGGGUGGAGAGCAAUUGCAUUGGGCGUUACCCGUUUGUACUUUCUCGUAUUACUGUCUUAUUUUAUUUCAAUUAUUAAACUGUUCUUAACCUACGAGUCUCCCUCCCCUGGCCCCUCCAAUUCUCUCCCCCAUCCCCUGGGCAGGGGAGGGCGAGCAAGCGGCUGCAUGUUGUUUGGCUGCCGGCUGGGUUUGAACCCUGACACUCUGCUAGCUGUAUGGAAGUUGCUCUGUGUACCAUUACAAGCACUGACACUAGGGUAGAGAGCAGUGAUUGCUGUGGUACUCCAGAGGAAGAGGAAGGAUGAAAACACGCUUUCAAAGUGACUGGCGGUGGUGGUGCCAGCUGAAAGCAGUCCCUGCUGUGUAUCUUGUCUGUGUUUCGAAAGGGUGCAGCUGACUACGCUGUGAGAAGCGUGUUGGCAGGGGCCCUGUGCCCGUAAGAUGCCUGCUACCCUCUGGCCCUGAUAGCACCAACAGUAAGGCUCAGCGAAGUCACUCGGUGUUGCUUGCUGCUGAUACCUCAUCAGGACGAGAUGCAGGCCGAAGGAGCCGUGGUUCUUUAACCAGCUCUGAUCCCCCAGAACAAGCCGGGAGGGAGCACAGGCUGCAAAAGCGUCACUUGCCAAGAAUCUCUCCGUUCUUGACUUCUCACACAAUGACUGGUCGCGUCGCUCUGCCGCGAUGGAAGGACUGGGACUGAGCCACAUCUUGUGCCUAUGAAGUGUCUUCUCCUUAUGAAGCUGCAUACCCAUCAUCUGCUCUCAGGCACACGCAUCUCUAGUUCUUCUCGCCUCUCCGUGACAGUCCCUUCUGCAUUGUGAUGUGUCAGUACCUCAAUCUAGUUCUUCACUUCCUCUUGCAAGCUGAAAGUGACCACCAAACUGAAUCUGAAAUUAAAGAGCCGAAACCAAAGACUGGUAAGUAAGACAAAUGUCUUGCACGUACGACCUCAAGACGAUUUAGCAAAUAAUUCUUUUAGAUACUCCAAAUUAGUCACCGAAGAACCCUUCACGCAAGAGGCAAGUUGACUGCCCCAAACCCCACAGGAAUAAGAUGAAGGUGUUGCUGUGCCUGACUCUGAUGCUGACAUGGCUGGAGCGAUGCAGCGGGUGGGUUGGCUGGGUGUUCACGGAGCCUCAGCUUCGAGCCAGCGCUGGGGACUCUGUCCUGCUGCAGUGCCUCUUCCUAGACCCAGUGGCCAAGGGCUGGACGAUGGCCAAGGUGGACUGGCUGCGCACAGCAGGAGCCGGCACGCAGAAGGAGGAGAUGGUGUUUUAUUACUACAGCAACCAUAGCAUCCCUGUGGGCCGUUUCCGGGACCGGGCGCAGUGGCAAGGGGACAUCUCCCGCUGGGAUGGCUCUAUCCAGCUGCAGGAUGUACAGGUGAACGACAGUGGCACAUAUGUGUGUGAGAUCCGGCUGCUCCAGCGCAGCAGCAUCUUCAAGAACCACACGGUGCUGCACGUCAGUCCCACGGGACAGAGAGCAGGACGAGGAGCAGCAGAUGCCCAGGACUCUGCGGCCCCGGGCGACUCUGGGCUUUGGCCUGUGACUGUGGGCUGUGGCUGUGUGGCCGUUGUGCUGGCUUUCCUGGCCGGACUCAGCCUGAGGAAGAGGUCUGCAGCCAACACGGCCCUGGAGAGAACUGGAAAUGGCGACAGCAAGAGCAAAGCAGAGGAAGCGCUUUACUCCUCAAUCCCUGGAGCUGAUGUUCCCAAGGCUGAACAGGAUGCAGGGAAGAAGAAGAGAGCUGAGGAGACCUACAUAACCAUGCACCCUUCUCCCUUCCGGGAUAAUGGCAUCUACGUGGAGCUGUCCAAGAGGGUGAUCCCUGCGGAAUGGAUGGGAGAGGGGAGACAGGGUGAUGGACAAAGCGAGGAACCCCACAGCAGACCAGAGGCGGCACUUCCCUGGGCUCCAGAGGGGGAGAAAUAGCCGUGCUGGGGGACAGAAGCCCCUUCACCAGCAGGUGUGUGCAAGACAGCUUUGUUCCUGGCCAGCACGGCGCUGCUGUCAGCCCUUCCUCAAAGAAGUGGUGCCACUUCCCCACAUGCACCAGGCAAGAGCCACUGCCGGGGCUUGCACACCCCGGUUGUCUGCUGGGGGACCAGGGGAGAUAGGGCGCGCUGGCUUUGGUCUCCUGGUCUCUGGAGCGGGGCACAGCCUCCCUGCUCUGGCUUUGAUCCUGGUCUGUACAGCUCCAGAUCCCGAGAUAACGAUCUCCAAGGAGAGCCUGGUGGUGGAAGGAAGGGGGAGAUGCAGCAGGAGCCGUGCAGGCGUGCCAAUGGUGGCUUCUGGAGAUAAUAAAACUCAGGGAGUCUUCCUUGUCCCUGCCUUCCUUUUA